AUGAAUGGCACGGUUCAGCUCGCCAGAGAACGGAUCAUUCACAGACUCUUGCUGCAAAAGAUUCUAGGACUCUUCUCCAAAUGUAUAAAUGAUGACGUGCGCAUGUUUGUGGAUAGCGGAAUCGAAGAUCCAUUCAAGAAGAUGACAGGCGAAAUGUAUCAUGAACACAUCGAGGAAAACGCUGUGGAUGAAAUUGAGAGAGACCUGGUCGCCGCUCAUCGCAAAUUGGAUCGAUUCUCAGAAGCGUUCGACUGCAACUGCACCAAUGGCUGCACCGCGACUUCCCCGUGGAAGUUAUGGACAAAGCCUUCUACACGGAAGCGAUUCAUGACCCGGAGUCCAUCCGUCACUACGGUUGCAGCCAAUUUUGCAAGUGCAAAGGACAGUGCAAGAAAGCGUUCCCAAAGCCACCUGUCCUGA